AUGGCUGAGACCAAAACCUGGCUGAUCGUCGGUGCGUCUCGUGGGAUCGGUCUUGAGUUCGUCCGCCAGAUCCUCGCUCAUGGCCACCGCGUUAUUGCCACCGCGCGCAAACCCGGCUCUGCCUUGGAGGCUGUUGUUCGGGAUGCAGCGGAGCGCGCAACUGUUUUGGAAUGCGAUGUGUCUAGCGGGGAGAGCAUCACCAGCUUCACCGAGCAUUUAGUCAAAACCGGAGCCAAGAAGAUCGACUGCGUCGUGAUCAACGCCGGGAUCUUGGAAUAUCCAAACAGAACCCUCGAGAUGAGCUUCGAUCACUUCGCCCGCCAUCUGCACACCAACACCGUGGGUCCCAUCAUCACAGCCCAGAAGCUUCUCCAACAGACUGAAGUCGCGAUCGGAACAAUCGCAUUCAUGUCAAGCGAUUCGGGCUCCACGCAGCGCUUCCUAUCCUUCGAAGAUGGAUUCGCCGCGUAUGGUGCAUCCAAGGCGGCUCUUAACCAGGCUUUGCGUCAUAUGGCAGAGGAGCUGAAGCGUAAGGGCAGAGAAACUGUGAUUUUGGCACUGCAUCCGGGAGAGGUUGCCACCGACAUGGCGAAUAUUGAAAUCACCUGGGAGAUAGAUGGUGGACAGAUCAGUGCCGAAGAGUCCGUUCGUGGCAUGCUGGGAGUCAUCCAGGAAAAGACAAUCGAGCAUACGGGGACGUUUUGGACUUGGGAGAAUGUGGAGUAUAUGUGGUGA